GUCCGGCUAAGAUGGCGGCGCCCGGGGUCCUGAGGGGCGGCCGCAGAGGGUGCCACCGCCCUAGGCGAGGUCGGGCCGCCCCGCCCCGAAGAACCGCCCCCCGUGGCCGCACCACCGCCGCUUAGCGAAGCAGCCCAGGCCUCGCCCGGGACGGCAGCCGCCUCAUGGACUCUCCCGGCUCACCCGGCUCCUGCGUGUCCGUCGGCGGCACCAGCGCCGUCGGACUCCUCCACUCGAAGGAGCUCAAAAAGUGGGAUGAGUUUGAAGAUAUUUUAGAGGAGAGGAAGCAUGUCAGUGACUUGAAAUUUGCAAUGAAGUGCUACACCCCUCUUUUCUAUAAGGGAAUUACUCCGUGCAAGCCAAGUGAUAUUAAAUGUAGUGUUCUCGACUCUGAGGAGAUCCAUUAUGUCAUUAAACAGCUCUCCAAGGAGUCCCUUCAGUCAGUCGAUGUCCUCCGAGAGGAGGUUUGUGAGAUCUUGGAUGAAAUGAGUCAUAAGCUGCGUCUAGGAGCCAUUCGGUUUUUCGCCUUUGCCCUGAGUAAAAUAUUUAAGCAGAUUUUUUCGAAGGUGUGUGUAAAUGAAGAAGGUAUUCAGAAACUUCAACGAGCCAUCCAGGAGUACCCCGUUGUCCUGCUGCCCAGUCAUCGGAGUUACAUUGACUUCCUGAUGUUGUCUUUUCUUUUGUACAACUAUGACCUGCCUGUGCCAGUUAUAGCAGCGGGAAUGGAUUUCCUGGGAAUGAGGAUGGUGGGCGAACUGCUGCGCAUGUCGGGCGCCUUCUUCAUGCGGCGCAGCUUCGGUGGCGACAGACUCUACUGGGCUGUGUUCUCUGAAUACGUGAAGACCAUGUUACGGAAUGGUUAUGCUCCUGUUGAAUUCUUCCUCGAAGGGACAAGAAGUCGCUCUGCCAAGACGUUGACUCCUAAACUUGGUCUCCUGAAUGUUGUGCUGGAGCCAUUUUUUAAAAGAGAAGUUUUUGAUACCUACCUUGUCCCGAUUAGCAUCAGUUAUGAUAAAAUAUUGGAAGAAACUCUUUAUGUGUAUGAGCUUCUAGGGGUCCCUAAGCCAAAAGAAUCUACAACUGGGUUGUUGAAAGCCAGAAGGAUUCUCUCUGAAAAUUUUGGAAACAUCCAUGUGUACUUUGGAGACCCCGUGUCACUUCGAUCUCUGGCGGCUGGGAGGAUGAGCCGGAGCCCAUAUAACUUGGUUCCGAGAUACGUUCCACAGAAACAGUCCGAGGACAUGCAUGCCUUCGUCGCCGAAGUCGCCUACAGAAUGCAGCUGCUUCAAAUUGAAAACCUGGUUCUGAAUCCCUGGGCCCUGAUGGUUGCUGUUCUGCUUCAGAACCGGCCGUCCAUGGACUUCGAUGCUCUGGUGGAAAAGACUGUAUGGCUCAAAGGCUUAACUCAGGCAUUCGGAGGUUUCCUCACCUGGCCCGAUAACGAGCCUGCUGAAGAAGUGGUCCAGUCCAGCCUCCUCCUGCAUUCCAACAUCGCCAGUCUCGUCAAAGACCAGGUGAUUCUGAAAGUGGAUUCUGGAGACUCAGAAGUGGUCGAUGGACUGAUCUUCCAGCACGUCACUCUCCUCAUGUGCUCAGCAUACAGGAACCAGCUGCUCAAUGUUUUUGUCCGUCCAUCCUUAGUAGCUGUAGCGUUGCAGAUGACACCUGGGUUCAGGAAAGACGAUGUCUACAGUGGCUUUUGCUUUCUGCGUGACGUUUUUUCAGAUGAGUUCAUCUUCCUUCCAGGAAAUGCACUGAAGGACUACGAAGAAGGCUGUUACCUGCUUUGUAAAAGCCAGGCCAUACAGGUGACGACGAGGGACAUCCUAGUUACAGAGAAAGGAAAUACUGUGUUAGAAUUUUUAAUAGGACUCUUUAAACCUUUUGUGGAAUGUUACCAGAUCAUUUGCAAAUACCUCUUGAGAGAAGAAGAGGACUCCUUCACUGAGAAGCAGUACUUGGCUGCAGUCAGGAAAUUCACAAGUCAGCUUCUCGAUCAAGGUGCCUCCCAGUGUUACGAUGUGCUGUCUUCUGACAUGCAGAAAAAUGCCUUAGCAGCCUGUGUGAGGCUCGGCGUGGUAGACAAGAGGAAGGUAAAUAAUGACUGUGUAUUUAGUGUGAAUGAACCUGCCACAGCCAAAUUAGAAGAAAUGCUUGGUUGUAAAGUGCCCAUAGGAAAACCAGCCACUGCGAAACUUUAAUAACCGCCAAACAGUUAUGGAAGAUUUGGUCACCUAAUCACUUCAUCAGAGGACUCGUAUUACCACAGACAGGGAAGCAGGAAGAGAUGCACCUCUCAUCCUUGUAAGACAGAGAACAGCGGACUCGGGAGAGAGGAGAGAGUUUUGGGUGAGCGGUCAGUGUGAUCUCCCCAGCACAGUGGCUGAGAAGCUUUUGCAUCCAACUCUUGAGAGGUUUAAAAUAAAGCAAUCUUUUAGAAACAUGUUUGGAAAAUCAAA